CUUUAUUCCUGCAUGUCUAAACGAACAAACACAGACGAUCCCGUCGCCGAAGGUGCCACAAAACGAAUUCGACGUGCUGAUGCUGAUAAUCACACUGCCGAUUGCAAUGAUCCAGAAUGUGAAGGUUGCGAUAUUGGCGAUAUCGACAUUUCCUUUGUGCGACAUGACAAAGAUGGAGUAGGAAGCGCGGUGGAACCAAAUGGACACGAUCUGCUAGCGAUGGCGCUUGACGAAUGGGAAGACGGUGGAGAAAAUAGUGAAGUGGCGAAACGUCUCUUUGACAUGGCAUUGGAGAAAUUCAAGGACGACGACGAUCGUCUCGGAUAUGCCUGUGGCCUGGUGCAAUGCGGUCGUUGUUUACGAAUCCAAGAAAGCAUAAGAGAAGGAUUGGAUAUUUUUAGACAAGAGGUCAAGAACAAUCCAGAUCAAGAGGUGCUCCUUCGAUUAAUCCAAGCUGCGUUGACAUUGGCUGCCGAUAUCCGAAAGCAGAAGAUUGCGACAUUUGAUUCAUUACAGGAGGAACUUGAAAGCGAUGAGGAAGACGAAGUUGCAUAUACCGAACUUUUGCAAAAGUUAGAUCUAACGAAAGAAGAAGUAAAACUUUGUGGAGAAGCUACUAUCAACGCCGAUAAGGUAUUCAAAGAAGCAGACAAGUUACCAAUUGGUUCAGCAUGCCGGAUUCUCCAGGAUAUGCGAGUAUACGCUGAACUAUUAGAUCAGCCAUCACACUCAGAACAUUGUAUGUCGAUGGUGAAGACGGCAAUUCGCUAUAUCAAGCUACUCGAAUUUGAGAAGAAUGAGGAACUCCUCACUAUUUGGGCCGCUUUUAUUUUAAUGGAACUAAAACUGUUCGAAGACUUUGACAAGCAAAAGCCAUUAUGUCAAGAGGCAGAACAGUUGCUCGAAAAAAGCAAGCAAAUUCGGGAAGAGAAGGGAUUAGACGAUGAUCCAUGGAGGAUGCAGUUGGAGGGUUCUCUGAAACUCACAUUAUCAAACUUGGAAGAUGACGAAGAUAAAGUUUUGGAAUACUACGACCAAGCCUCUGCGAUAUUACAAAAAGCUCUGGAACUGGCUCCAGAUAAUAAACCCUUGAAGGAUAUGGUCGAUAUGCUGGCUGCAGUUACAGAAGAAGAAGCAGAAAAUCUAUAUAAUUAAAAUAUGUUGCCAUGUCCCGAGUUAGAACCCGAGCUCCAUCAAAGUCAUGGUCUCUCAUGCGUCCCAAGAUACUGACAACGACAUUUACACAAAUAAUAUUGUGUAUACUGAAGUUUUGUGAUCUUCAAGGUCACACGCGCAACUAGUCUAUAUGAUUAAAACGAGAACACUUGAUGACUAUGAUCGUAUCGUGU